AUGGAGGUGCAGCAAACGUUACUGGAUCAACAGAAAGAAUUGUGUCUAGGCCUUGUGCAGCACAAGUCCCCAGUCGAAGAACAGUCGCUCAAUUCAAUGGAUGUAAUCAAGACGCUCGUUUCACACCAAAAUGUAGACGAAACUGCCUUCCGGGCCAUCGUGGACGGGGUGAAGGGAUAUAAAGCUUUGCUCCGCUCUCAGGAUGGCCAAGGCUCUUCUCCUCCCAACUCCACCACCAACUCGUGCAUGCUCGCCAGAGGCCCCGAAGACCCUUCGGUGUCGCUGGAAAAAGACUUCACCACCAGCGGGACUCAGGGUAACCUGCACUGUCCUUUCUCCAAACCUCCACGAUCACCCCACCCAGGCUCCAUGCAGAACGGAGGAGCUGCGAAUAGUGAGGGGCCUAAGAUCCGCAUCGAUACCUGUGGUAAUCCAGACCCGGACCCCAUCAAGGCCGACAUAGAGGAACGACGAUCCAGUACAACCCCCUCGGCUCAUACCUCGGGGAGUCGAUGCCCCGUGUCUCGUUGUCCGAUCCGGUACCUGGAUAAGCAUUCACCAGAGGAGAUCGCUGAAUACGUGGAACGUCACAAACAUGAAAUCCCUCGCAGCCAUGCCAUCUGCGUUAAGCGAUAUCAGCGAGACCCCCAGAACAUGCGUCAGCUGGAUGCCAAGUAUGGCGGAUUAAUCAACAUGAUCAGUGGUCUCUCCGCGAAACACCAAGCCUUCCUCCCGCAACAGGCCAACGGCAAUGGCAACGAUGACCAGGCUUCCCACUCCGCAUCCACCGAACGAGUCGAGAAAUGGGCCGAGAACGUGGACCCCGUCGCCCCCGACACACUGAACACGAAUGAGAAUGGCCAUGACCAUGGGCAGGAGAACGGACACGGACACGGACACAAGGAGGAGGAUGAGGGGGAGAACGAGGAGGAUGAUAACAGCCGCGAGAGUCACUUUGACCGGCCCCUUCGAGAGGUCCGAGUGGGUGAAUCCCCAAGCAGGCCUUGGGGAAUUCAUGUCCCACUCGCCGAGCAAUUAUCUGCCCCAGUGCCUUUCUCCGGAUCGGCGUCUGGUCCUAUGUCACCACCAGCCCCCGUGGGUCCUCUUGAUACCUCACCCGGCGAUGCGCCGGCAAAGCCCGCUGGCCGCUGUCCCUUUGGCCAUGACGCUCCCAAACCAAAGCCCGAAGAGCCUGUUGUCAAACCCGAGUCUCUCGGAUCACCGUGGGCCAACUGGGGCAAAUCACUCGAAGAGAAGCCUGUGGAUGAGGGUGCUGCAGGCCAGCAGCCGCCGCCGGAAGAACCUAUCUCGUCGCAGUCAGAGGCCAAGCCUCCACCACCAGCACAUAUCACCUUCAACGGCCCCGUUUUCUUCGGAUACUCCGCUGAACAAACCGCCAGCCUGAUGCAACAGCUGGGCAAUCUGGCCAACUUCAACAAACCCCCCCUCCUAAUCUACUGGCCUCUGCGUGACUGCAUAUUUCUUUCUUUGCUUUGCUUUGCUUCCCUUCCCUUAACGAUCCGAUCAUGA